AUGGCACUCUCGGUCGCAAGUAUGCUGCGGAUGCUGGCAGGAAUCCUGGAAUUCCUUCGCCUCACGCCUUCUCUCGGCCUCUACGAAGUCUUAACGGGAGCGCGGGCAUCUUGCCAUCACCAGGGCCGCUCGAGAGCCACCCCAGUACGAGCCAGGACCCCGUUGAGCAACACAGUUCCCAGAAGACCUUCGACCAGCGACAGCUUUGAUACCCACAGCAGCCUUAGAGACGAUCGGAGAUGUCUUCCAUCGUACCGAGAUACCGCUUCAGAGAUCAUCUCAAUGUAUGCCUCUGACAGUCAACGAUCUGCCCAUAGCCCAUUCUCGCCUAGAUACCACGAUGACCAGCGGUCGUUUUCCAUGACGAGCUGCAGUUCUCGAGCGCUACCCAACAAGUCAUCUACUGGGACCAUGCAGAGCCAAGCCAGCGGUCCGGCUCUACAGAGACCUCGCUCCCCCUUUCCCUACCCAACCAGGCUUAAGCGCCCGGGAGUUCGACCUUCCUCUCCCGCCGUGACAGAGAGUGGCGCUGUGGACUAUAGUAGAAUGGUCGAGAUCGACCGUGUUUCUCAGCGAACCAUACAUGGGUCGUAUAAGCCCAUGUACGCUCAUUAUGGUCGCAGGCCAGGACCCGCGAUGUCUCGACUCCAUCCAUACGGAUCCGUUUCGUCCCUCUCAAGCCACAAUUCUAGGCCCGGUCCUAGACCCUACGCUAGGACGAAUUCCAGUGGCUCCUCUGCUUGGGGCCCAGGACUCCGUAGGCAGCUUGAAAUGGAAUCAUCGGACCAGAGUACGAGAACCCCAAGUUUGACUUCGAUCGUCGAUAUGUACCGCUCGCCUUCAGGUACUUCAUCUGACUUAAGAUACGGGUCUCAUCGACCGCCCGAUGGAACAUUUUACUACGACUACUCGGAGGACUUUGAUACUUUCCCUGAUGGCAAUCCCGCAUGGACUGGACCUUUGGCUCCGGUUCCAACUCGAGCACCCAACAUGCACAGAGCGAGGAUACUAAGUGAUGGCAGUGUUGGUCCCUUCCAGGACAUGAACCGCUUUCCUCCACCGGAUGACGUCUACGAGAGUCCCCAAUAUUACUCUGUGGGAACAAAGACAAUGAAGAUCCACGAGUCGAACAUUACUCCUGACUCGAUCGAGGAAAAUGAAGGUGAAGAAGGUUCAUUCGAGUUCCCUGAUGAUGAACCACCUAGCGGUCACAUGGUAGGAAGGAAAGAUCCCAACGGAGCCACAAAUGUGUCGUCUUCGCAGGCUGCAGCAAUGUCCAGUACCGGAAAGAGAAAGAAUUGCCACGAUAGUGACGCUAGUAUGUCAGAAAAAACGGACGAUCUGGCAGUGGCAACAGCGGAGAGUCCAGACGAACAAUCGAAGUCUGAUGUGAGGCGGGUAACGGUGCAUGAAGGGAACGACGGCCCGGAAGAAGGCGAAGAUGACAACCAAAGGUCAAGCUUUGGCAACAAUACGAUCAACCUACCUCGAGCAGAAGAUCCCUUAUACUGCUUGCACCACCAGUCGGUCAGAGCCCUUUAUACUGCAGCCUUUACCAGUCUCGCCGGCCAAAAGGCUCCGACUGCAAAACAGUGUCCCAAAGCUCAUGAAAGCAUUGCCAGAUCUGCCGUCCAGUCCGGCUAG